AGAACUUCUGCACUGUGGGCUGUCGCUGGAAUCAUAUGAAGUACUAUCGACAUAUCAAUUAUUUUUUUUUUGAAUCGAAUCCAUACAGCGAAGAUGGCAAGUGCUACUGAAAGCGCCCAAAAAAAGCGAAAGCUGCAGGAUGGCCCCGAGAUUGAAAUCGACGUAUCUGCGCCCGAGCCUCCGUCAAAGAAAGCGCUGCGCAAGGCCAAAAAGAAGGGAGCAGAAACACCUGCCGAUGCUUCCUCUGAAGAGAAGACAGAGGUUGCUGCAACUGAAGCGAAGCCUGCAAAGGAAACACGAUCAGACUACGGCAUCUGGAUUGGAAACCUCCCGUUCACUACGAACAAAGAUGAUAUACGCAAAUUCUUCACGAGCAAUUGCUCGUUCUCCGACGCUACCAUAACUCGAAUCCAUCUCCCCAAGGGCGCUGCGAGGAAUAAUGUCACUCAGAACAGAGGAUUCGCUUAUGUCGACUUUGCGACCAGCAAAGCGCUGAAGGAGGCCAUGGGUCUCAGCGAGCAGCUCAUUCUCGGCCGCCGGGUCCUCAUCAAAGAUGCAAAGAACUUCGAGGGAAGACCGGAGAAGUCGCAGGAAGAGGGCAAAUCCGCCGCCGCAUCGAACUCCGGCAACCCUCCGUCGAAACGUAUCUUUGUCGGCAAUCUUGGCUUUGACGCCACCAAGGAACUCAUCGAAGAACACUUUGCAACAUGCGGCACCGUUUCCAACGUGCACGUUGCCACAUUCCAAGACACGGGAAAGUGCAAGGGCUACGCCUGGGUUGAGUUUGAGGAUCUCGCCGCCGCCGAGGCGGCUGUGAGGGGGUUCAUGAUGGUCAACGAAGACGACGAAGACGAAGAUGAAGCGGACGACGCUAGUUCUGAUGAGAAGGAGAAAUCGCGGAAACCGAAGAAACCGAGACAAAGGCGGGUCUGGGUCAAUCAACUUCUCGGUCGACGGAUGAGAAUGGAGUUUGCCGAAGACGCGACGACACGAUACAAGAAGCGAUUUGGAAAGGAAGGAGAGGGAAGGAAGAACGAUACCGCUGAUAUCACCGAGGUCGAAAACGGCGAGCACCAAGACUCUCAACCGGUCAGACAACGGAAGCCCAAGCCAGCAGUCGAGGAUAACUCGCGAUACUCCAAGGAGACCGUGCAAAGACUCAGCGGUGCGAUCAUCGCGGCCAAGGGACAGAAGACCACAUUUGAUUGAUGUUUUUUUUUCUCCAUGCUAUUUCCUCCCUCUACCCAUUGUAUAAAUAUAAACCAGUAGUUACUGAAGCUUGCAUAUUAUGGGCUGUGAGAUACCUUCCUUGGGCAAUUGACCGUAGUCUGUAAUCUACAAACACGAGGCUCCUUUCUGAGUUUCCAGGUAUUGUCGGGAUAAUAUUGAUUUUUUCGUCUCCAGCGUCCGAGAAUAUCCGUUGCAGCACCUGCCACCCUGUAAAAAGGCCGGUAGAUAUCACCGUGCGAUAAUAAUAUCCUGUUGAAUCAAGCGUGAGGGAUAAUAAUAGACCUGAGCCCAGCCAGAAUCCGGUGUUUUGGGUGCCUUCGAGGGCGAGGUGGCGCUAAGCCCGAUUGGGCCGUUUGACAUCGUGAGAGAUGUCAUGGCUCAUGCUCAGAACCCAUCAAGACCACUCCCCCACGACGUUCCACCACCACACGGUCUCUCC